UUCUCCUCUGCUGCCCAAUCGUUCUGGUGCAGGGAUAACUGCCGUCUUCAGUCAAACCAAAGCAGGCUUCGCAGAGAGAAGGCUGGCUCUAGACAGGAACUAUAUGAACGACAGCCUGCGGACAGACGUCUUUGUGAGGUUCCACCCUGAGAGCAUUGCUUGUGCCUGUAUCUACCUUGCUGCUAGGACCCUGGAGAUACCCCUUCCAAGUCGCCCUCACUGGUUUCUACUCUUUGGAGCGACCGAAGAGGAGAUUCAGGAGAUCUGCAUAAAAAUCUUGCAGCUGUAUACUCGGAAAAAGGUGGACUUGGCUGUUUUGGAAAGCAGAGUAGAGAAGAAGAGGCUGGCCAUUGAAGAGGCCAAAGCCCAUGCGAAAGGCCUGCUAACGGACGGGACGCCCAGCUUGGACGCCGUAUCGGGAUUUUCUCCUGCCCCCAAAACUGAAUCUCCAAAAGAAAAUAAAGGCACCAAGCCUUCUCCGCUUGCUGUACAGGUGAUCAAAAACACCAAAAGGAAAAUGGAAGCGAUGAAGAGGGUGAAGUCCAACAGUCCGGUCAACGGCGUCCAGAAAGGCAGAGAGAGCAGGAGCCGGAGUGGAAGCAGGGACCCAAGUUAUUCCAGGUCUCCUUCGAGGUCACCAACUCCGAAACAAAGGAAGAGCGAGAGCUAUUCCCCGUCAAGCGGCUCCAAAUCUCACAGCCGCUCGAGAAGCCGCAGCGAUUCUCCCCCACGGCAGUUCAACCACAGCAGCUCCAGCUACAAAGGCUCCAAGGUGAGGAGCUACAAGAAGGCCCAGAGCUACAAGUACGCCUCCCCCAAGCAGCGGAAGUCGCGCAGCCGGAGCUCCUCACGGUCGCGCAGCCGCUCGCGGGAGCGUUCCGACCACUCUGGGAAGUACAAGAAGAAGAGCCACUACUACAGGGAUCAGCGGCCCGAGCGGCCCCACUCGUACGAGAGGCCGGGCCACCGCUACGACAGAGACCACCCUGGCCACAGCCGGCAUCGGAGAUGAGGGGUGCUGGAGAACAGCCGAAGGAAGC